AUGCAUUUUGAGUUUGACUUAAAUCAACCUCAAAAUCCUAAGCCACGAAAAGUUGAGAAGAAAGCGAAUUCAUAUUUUCAGAAAAAUGAUGUUGUUAUGGGUGUUAUUCCAAGUUCGGUUGAGCAAGAACCUUCUAGUUCUAUAAGAGUUGAGUCUCGUGAAAUUGAUGUUAAUCACAUUGAACGUGAUCCGGGAAAACGCCUUGCAAUCUCAUCAUAUCCUUUAAUGAGCGUGAUGAGAGGUGAUGAUGAAUCUGUUGAGUCAUCUAAUCGUGGAAAUGUUAUUGAGGUGAUGGAUUCCUAUGAGAGAAUGAAUGAGGAAGUUGCAAAAGUCACCUUAGAAAAUGCCUCUCGAAAUGCUACUUAUACUUCACCAAAGAUUCAAAAAGAAAUUCUGAGUAUUCUUGCCAAUAGAGUCAGAAGAAGAAUUCGUGAGGAGGCUAAGUUUUGUUUGCUUGUUGAUGAAGCACUUGAUGAAUCUAAGAAGGAACAAAUGACAAUUAUCUUGAGAUUUGUUGAUUCUCAUGGUAUCAUUAAUGUUGUCGACUCAUCUGCUAAGCGUGUUUCUGAGUUAAAAUCUACUAAAGAAGUUGAAGUUGUGCAACAAAUUGCUGCUGGGGAAGUUGAAACUGGAAAGGGAGCUAAUCAGACAUUUUCUAGUACGAAGGGUCGUCUUGAAAAGUCGAGAGAAGAUGGUUGGGUUGAUUUCUUUGCUAGUGAUGUAUCGUUUUGUGACGCACACACAAUUGAUGCUCCAGAUUUUAGUGCUCGCCGUAUGGAAGAAUUUCAAGAUUUAUACACCCUUUAUGAGUUAUGUCAAGAAUUUGUUAACACAAUUACACCAUUCUUGUUGAUUGAGAGACUAAUCAGUUUAGUGAUGACUCACCCUGUUUCUACGACUAUAACAGAGAGAGCAUUUGCAACCAUGAAGCUCAUUAAGAACCGACUUCAAAGAAAGAUGAGUGAUGAUUUUCUUGCAGAUUUAAUGAUAGUGCAUAUUAAGAGAGAAAUUGUUGAUACUAUUGAUUCAAAUUCGGUUAUCGAUGAGUUUUAUGCUUCAGGUAACCGAAUAGCACAACUUAAGUAG